GCGGGGCCGCGGCGCGUGAGGGGCCGGGCUGCCAUGGCGGCGGGGCCGGCGUGAGGGGCGCGGGCAGGGCGAGGGUCGCGAGCAGCCAUGGCGGCGGGCAGCGCUAUCCAGAUCCCCACCCGGCUGCCGCUGCUGCUCACGCACGAGAGCGUGCUGCUGCCCGGCUCCACCAUGCGCACCAGCGUGGACUCGCCGCGCAACAUGCAGCUGGUGCGCAGCCGGCUGCUGAAGGGCACCUCGCUGCGGAGCACCAUCAUCGGCGUCAUCCCCAACACCAGCGACCCCACCUCCGACUGCGACGACCUGCCCAACCUGCACAGGAUUGGCACUGCUGCCUUGGCAGUUCAGGUGGUUGGUAGCAAUUGGCCCAAGCCGCAUUACACGUUGCUGGUGACAGGCCUCUGCCGGUUCCAGAUCCUGCAGCUGCUGAAGGAGAAGCCCUAUCCCAUUGCUGAAGUGCAGCAGUUAGAUCGACUUGAGCAGUUCACUAAUGGCCAUAAAUCUGAGGAGGAGCUUGGAGAGCUGUCAGAGCAAUUCUACAAGUAUGCAGUACAGCUGGUUGAGAUGCUGGAUAUGUCCGUGCCUGCAGUCGCAAAGCUCCGGCGCCUCCUGGACAAUCUGCCCAGAGAAGCUCUGCCAGAUAUCCUGACCUCCAUCAUCCGAACUACCAACCAAGAGAAGCUGCAGAUUUUAGAUGCUGUUAGGCUGGAAGAACGGUUCAAGAUGACCAUACCAUUACUUGUUAGACAGAUUGAAGGCCUGAAGCUGCUUCAGAAAACAAGGAAGUCCAAACAGGAUGAUGAUAAAAGGGUUGUAGCUAUUCGUCCUAAUAGAAGAAUCAGUCAUGGAAGCAUUACAGAAGAUGAGGAGGAGGAGGAAGAUCAUGAUGAUGUUGUCAUGCUAGAAAAAAAGAUUAGAACAUCCAGUAUGUCAGAACAAGCUCUUAAAGUUUGUCUUAAAGAAAUAAAAAGAUUAAAGAAGAUGCCUCAGUCAAUGCCAGAAUAUGCUUUGACAAGAAAUUACUUGGAACUGAUGGUGGAAUUGCCGUGGAACAAGAGUACAAAAGAUCGCCUGGAGAUCCGCGCAGCUCGCAUUGUUUUGGACAAUGACCAUUAUGCCAUGGAGAAGUUGAAGAAGAGAGUUUUGGAGUACUUGGCUGUGCGACAGCUUAAAAACAACCUCAAGGGACCCAUUCUUUGUUUUGUGGGGCCCCCAGGAGUUGGUAAAACCAGUGUUGGAAGAUCAAUUGCAAAGACUUUGGGUCGAGAAUUCCACAGAAUUGCUUUAGGAGGAGUCUGUGAUCAGUCUGAUAUUCGAGGCCACAGGCGCACCUAUGUGGGCAGCAUGCCUGGCAGGAUCAUCAAUGGGCUGAAGACUGUGGGGGUGAACAAUCCUGUUUUCCUCUUGGAUGAGGUGGAUAAGCUGGCAAAGAGCUUGCAGGGGGAUCCUGCAGCAGCCUUGCUUGAGGUCUUGGAUCCAGAACAAAAUCACAGUUUCACGGAUCACUACUUAAAUGUAGCCUUUGACCUGUCCCAAGUGCUUUUCAUAGCCACAGCCAACACUACAGCUACAAUCCCACCUGCCCUGCUGGACAGAAUGGAGGUUAUCCAGGUGCCAGGAUACACACAAGAAGAAAAAAUUGAAAUUGCACAUAGACACUUGAUUCCUAAACAGCUUGAACUACAUGGUCUGACUCCACAGCAAAUACAGAUUCCCCAAGUAACCACUUUGGGCAUAAUUACCAGGUACACGAGGGAGGCAGGAGUUCGGGCCCUGGAUCGGAAGCUGGGAGCCAUUUGCAGAGCGGUGGCUGUGAAAGUGGCAGAAGGGCAGCACAAAGAAGCAAAGCCAGAUCGUGCUGAGGUGGGGGAAGGAGAAGAUUGCAAAGAACACGUCACAGAAGAUGCCAAACCAGAAUCCAUCACUGACACAGCUGACCUGGCUCUGCCACCUGAAAUGCCAAUUUUAAUUGAUUUCCAUGCUCUGAAAGAUAUCCUGGGGCCCCCCAUGUAUGACAUGGAGGUGUCCGAGCGCCUCAACCAGCCCGGGGUGGCCAUAGGCCUGGCCUGGACACCCCUGGGAGGGGAGAUCAUGUUUGUGGAAGCCAGCAGGAUGGACGGGGAGGGCCAGCUGACGCUGACCGGGCAGCUGGGGGACGUCAUGAAGGAGUCGGCUCACCUGGCCAUCAGCUGGCUGCGCAGCAACGCCAAGAGAUACCAGCUCACCAACGCUUCUGGAAGUUUUGAUCUCCUUGACAACACUGACAUCCAUCUGCACUUCCCAGCUGGAGCUGUCACAAAAGAUGGACCAUCUGCUGGUGUUACCAUAGUAACCUGCCUUGCUUCACUCUUCAGUGGGCGGCUGGUGUGCUCAGAUGUAGCCAUGACAGGAGAAAUUACACUAAGAGGCCUCGUUCUUCCAGUUGGGGGAAUUAAAGACAAAGUGCUGGCAGCACACCGAGCCGGCCUGAAGAGAAUUAUCAUUCCUCAAAGGAACGAGAAGGAUCUGGAGGAGAUCGCGGCGCACGUGCGGCAGGAGCUGACCUUCGUGCUGGCCGGCUGCCUGGACGAGGUGCUGAACGCCGCCUUCGACGGCGGCUUUGCAGUCAAGGCCAGGCUGGAGCACUUGAACAGCAAACUUUAGGGACACGGCCUGGGAUUGCUUCUCUCUCCAAUUCCAUAGUUCUUGAUCUCUUUCAGCUACAUGUAGGUAUCAGGUGCAACUAUGAGCUAAAUGGGUGUGAAUGGGGUGUCGGUGCCAUCAGAAGGAAGAUGCUGCUGCAGUUACCAAGCUGGAACUGCUCCUUAGGGGCAUUUGCUGCUUUUUAUCAGCAAAGAACCUCGAAUCUCAUUUCCUGAUGGAUUUGAGCAUGAGA